CAGCCAUCACUGUCUUGAUCAUGGUCGUGGAGACCCCCGCUGGCCUCGGAAGUCCCACACUGAGGGGAAGACACGGAGGUGAAGGGUGAGGGACGGAGCAGGAUUUAUUCCAGGGCUUUCUGUCGUCCAGGUCCAGCUCCUGGCUCCUGGAGCGACCUCUCCUCCCUGCCUGACGCUUGGGGAAAGCUGGAGUCAUGGGGUCAACUCCCAGAAUCCCAGGGUCAGGGAGGCUGGGGGCAGGGCCAGGCAUUGGACAAACAGAUCAAAGGUGAGACACCUGGUGGCUCCAGACCGGGCCUGGCCAGCGGGACGGGAGCACAAUGAGGCUGCUGGUCUUCCUGGGCUUGCUGUGGGGCUCGGCAGCCACAGCCCCGCGCCCACAGUGGCCUGAGCCCGUGUUCGGGCGCCUGGCAUCCCCUGGCUUCCCCGGGGAGUAUGCCAACAACCAGGAGCAGCGCUGGACCCUGACGGCGCCCCCCGGCUACCGCCUGCGUCUCCACUUCACCCACUUCCACCUGGAGCUGUCCUACCUCUGCGAGUAUGACUACGUCAAGCUGAGCUCAGGGACCAAGGUGCUGGCCACGCUGUGCGGGCACGAGAGCACGGACACCGAGCGCGCCCCCGGCAAUGACACCUUCUACUCGCCGGCCUCCAGGCUGGACGUCACCUUCCGCUCCGACUACUCUAACGAGAAGCCAUUCACAGGCUUUGAGGCCUUCUAUGCAGCCGAGGACAUCGAUGAGUGCCAGGUGCCCCCCGGACAGGCCCCUCCCUGUGACCACCACUGCCAUAACCACCUGGGUGGCUUCUACUGCUCCUGCCGCAGGGGCUACGUGCUCCACGGGAACAGGCGCACCUGCUCAGCCCUGUGUUCAGGUCAGGUCUUCACCAACCGGUCGGGGGUGCUCAGCAGCCCUGAAUACCCACAGCCGUACCCCAAACUCUCAAGUUGCACCUACAGCAUCCACCUGGAGGAGGGGUUCAGCAUCAUCCUGGACUUCGUGGGGUCCUUCGAUGUGGAGACACACCCAGACACCCUGUGCCCCUACGACUCCCUCAAGAUUCAAACAGACAAAGAGGAAUAUGGCCCAUUUUGUGGGACAACGUUGCCCCCUAGGAUUGAAACUAAAAGCAAUGCCGUGACCAUCACCUUUGUCACUGACCAUUCGGGGGACCACACUGGCUGGAAGAUCCACUACACUAGCACAGCUCAGCCCUGCCCUGGUCCGGUGGCGCCACCUAAUGGUCACAUCGCGCCGGUGCAAGCCGAGUACAUCCUGGAGGACCGCUUCUCCGUCUUUUGCGAGACCGGUUAUGAGCUUCUCCAAGGUUAUUUGCCCCUGAAAUCUUUUGCUGCGGUCUGUCAAAGAGAUGGCUCUUGGGACCAGCCGAUGCCCAAGUGCAGCAUUGUGGACUGCGGCCCCCCUGAUGACCUACCCAGCGGCCAAGUGCAGUACAUCACAGGCCCUGACGUGACCACGUACAAAGCGGUGAUUCAGUACCGCUGCCGUGAGACCUUCUACACAAUGACCCCGAACGACGGUAAAUAUGUGUGUGAGGCUGAUGGAUUCUGGACGAGCUCCAAAGGAGAAAAAUCACUCCCAGUCUGCGAGCCUGUUUGUGGAAUAUCAACUCGAACCACAGGAGGUCGUAUAUACGGAGGGCGGAACGCAAAGCUUGGUGAUUUCCCCUGGCAGGUCCUGUUAUUAGGUCAAACUACGGCAGCAGGUGCACUCCUGCAGGACAACUGGAUCCUCACAGCUGCUCACGCUGUAUACACGCAGAAAGAAGCUGCGUCCUCCUUAGACGUCAGAAUGGGUACCCUGAAGAGACUGUCGGUUCAUUAUACACAAGCCUGGGCCGAGGCCAUUUUUAUACAUGAAGGUUAUACUCAUGGUGCUGGUUUUGAUAACGACAUAGCACUGAUUAAAUUGAAGAACAGAGUUGUAAUCAAUAGCAACAUCCUGCCUAUCUGUUUGCCGGGAAAGGAAGCGGAAUCCUUCAUGAGGACAAAUGACAUUGGAACCGCAUCUGGAUGGGGAUUAACCCAGAGGGGUUUCCUUGCCAGAAAUCUAAUGUUUGUUGACAUACCAAUUGUCGACCAUCAGAAAUGUACUGCUGCGUAUGAGAAGCAGUCCUAUCCAGGGGGGAGGGUAACGGAGAACAUGCUUUGUGCAGGCUUAGAAGGCGGGGGCAAGGACAGCUGUAGAGGGGACAGUGGGGGGGCGUUAGUGUUUCUAGAUAAUGACACACAGAGAUGGUUUGUGGGAGGAAUAGUGUCCUGGGGUUCCAUUAAUUGUGGGGAAGCAAAUCAGUAUGGAGUCUACACCAAAGUUAUUAACUAUAUUCCCUGGAUCAAGAACAUAAUUAAUAAUUUUUAA